AGUUCGCGCAGCUCGGAAAAAGCAACUGCCGUCGGAAGUUGGACAGAUUUCUUACCGGCAUGCUUCUGCCGGUGAUAACCAGUGAACGGUUUUGCGCAGAACUUGCGCAUCUCAAACGAGCCUGUUUACUUCAUAUCGUGUCAUAUCUUAUAUCGUAAUGACUGUUUAGUUUAAUUAUUUUUCAACGCGAUUACGAAUCAACUGCAGCAAAGAUUUGUGGGAGUUGUAGUUCCACUCUUGUAGCUAUUCACACGUGUUCACGCACUACUGUGGUUGAAUUUGUCCUCGACAUGGCGUUCAGUUUCAACUUCGAUAUUCCUCUGCAGACAGAAGGAACCAAUGGCGAUGAACAUAAAGACGAUAAAGCAAAAUACGCGGAUCCUAAAUGCACGGAAAUUAGUACAACUGUCCCAAAGAAGAUGAAGGGUGCAAUUGAGCAUGAACAUUUGGUAGAUCCUCUCUCACACCUUGACAACUGGGUGCCUGAAACCAUCACUAUUGGUUCAUUGCCUCCUCUCUUCUGUCUCAAUGAAUCAGUGUUUGAGAAGACCGCCCUUGAACGAGAGGACAACGAGGAGAUACUGGCCAAAACACUCACUGAAAACUCAGACCUAAUCUCUGGAGUUUAUGAGGGUGGACUUAAGAUAUGGGAAUGCACUUAUGAUCUUCUUGAGUACAUUGACGAUAUCCAAGAAACCUUCUUUGGAAAAAGUGUGUUAGAUUUGGGUUGUGGAGCAGGUCUACUUGGUAUCCUUGCAUUGAAGAGAGGAGCCAGCAAAGUUGAUUUCCAGGAUUAUAACAGCACAGUGAUAGAGCAACUAACAUUUCCGAAUGCAUUUCUCAACUGCGAAGAAGAGAGUGAUGAUGAUGAUGAUAAUGAGACAGGAGAGAAAAAUGGUAGCCCACCAUCCAAGAGGAAAGCCCUGAAUUCAGAGAAAUUACUAUUAGAUCAUUGUGGCUUCUUCUCAGGGGACUGGAACUCUUUUCUCACACUUGUGCAAAAGAAAAAUCCUUCACCGAAAUAUGAUAUCAUCUUCACAUCUGAAACCAUAUACAACACAGACUACUACUCUUCUCUUCAUAAUGUGUUUUGCAGCCUGCUUGCUGAAAAUGGGAUUGUUUAUUUGGCAACCAAGUCUCACUAUUUUGGAGUAGGGGGUGGGCUUCAUCAGUUUCAGAAGUUUGUUGAGCAGAAUAAUGUGUUCCAAAUCAAAUGUUUGAAGGAUGUGGAUCAAGGCCUGAAGAGACAUGUUGUAUCAUUGACAUUUAAAAAGUGAACCAUAUGAUCUUGUACUGAUCUGCACAAAAAUAAUCAAAUAAAGGACUGAACAUGAGUUUACAUCACACAGACCAACAUAUGAAAUACUCAGUUGGUUUUUCAAUCUCAACACUCUUUUAAUGUUAAAGUAAACAAAAUUGGUGAUUCCACUUACCGUAAAACAAAAUAGGCUUUAAAGAAUGCAAAUGGUCCAUAAAUAAUUGUGUCCCUUCUUGAUGAAUUUGAGAAAGCUUGAGUAAACAUUCUUGCCAAAGUG